AUGUCAUCAGCUUUAAUGACAUUGAAAUAUCACUAUGUUGCUUAUUCCAAUCGUAUCUCAAUCAACAUGCAGUGUAUACUACCACAAGGACAAACCACACCUGAACGAGCUUUAUCCAAUCCUUGGUUUGACAAAGGUUUUUGCGAACCACAUCAAUACAGAGCAGCACUUGAUCGUUGCAAAGGUGGCUAUGAAUCAUGUGAUAUGUUUAUCGACAUCUUCGCAGAGCGCGUUUGUCUCGAACGAGAAUAUGCAGCCAACUUAGAGAGAUGGGCUGCAUCAAGCAUCAAACGAAUCAGCCAAUCGAAAGAAUUCGGAGUUAAUAAGAAAGUUUGGGUGGAAUCGAUUCGAGCUUCCAAAGAAAUCGGCAAUACUCAUACGGAUAUCGCUCAACGUCUUCAAGAUACUGUUGUGGAGAAAAUGGUAACUUAUAAGAAAGACAACUAUGGCAAAUCAAUUUUACAUGUGAAGAAAAUCAAAGAAUUCGAACGCGAUUUUGAACAAGCACAAAAGCCUUGGUUGAAGUUACUUGACAAAAUUAACCGAGCGAAGAAAGAUUAUCAAGAUGCUCAACGUCAGUUCAAAAAAGCUGAAACAGCCGAGAAAAUCAUCGAAUCUGAUCGUGGCGCUGAAGAAGAACAAAAAACCAAAGUGCAACUAAGUGUUAGCACCUAUAAAAAACAAUGUGAAGCGCUCAAAAGCAAAUAUCUUCAAUACAUCGAAGAGAUGAAAAGUACUCGAGCCAAUUACGAAAACGCAAUGAAAGAAGUUCUCGAUCGUACACAUUCAUUCGAACGCAAACGUCUGGCACAAUUCAAACUCCUAUUUACUGCUUUUCAACAAGCGCUGGUGAUCGACAAAGACCCUCAUUUGGUUAAGAUGGCUGAGGCAUUUACACAGUCAUUAAACACUCAUGAUGCGGAUAAGGAUAUUCAGUGGUGGAAUUCCCAUUUCGGUAGUGAUACAAACACGAACUGGCCAUCAUUCGAAGAACUAAAAGAUUAA